CUUCACCAGACCAAUCGAGAAAAAAACAAACCACCAUUUGUCAGCCAAUCAUCACGUCAGCUCAGUGACGAACUUCCUGGUCACACUUUCUGUCAACAGGGGAGGAGGACGCAGUCUGAGAGCGGAGAUACGGGCUCGAAAAUGGGAAGAAAGAGCGAAUUAUCCGCCUGGAGGAAGCUGCCACAUAACUAACGUGGUCACAGGCAGAUAAGGAGAGAAACUCCAAAUGCUAUUUACUGUGUGUUCCGCCUAACCCAAGGACGUACGAGGAAGGAAAACACAGGCGAGACCGGGGACGAGGUGCAGGAUUUGGAUUACCAGAGCCAGGAAUGGGCUGUUAGAAAUAAACCUAACGAGAUAUGAGCUGGGAACACGUUUGGAUACCAUGCCUUGAACACUAAAAGACAAAUUAUCCCUGGAUAAACUGCAGCAGCACGUCAGAAAGAAAGGCCUCCUCUGAUGGAGCACUGUGCGCUUUAAUCCAGCCAGAAACCUCCCUGACAGGCAGCGACGAGCUACGGCAAAGGGACGCUUUAUUCACAAUUGAAGGGAUAUAUGGGAUCACAAGUUUCCUCUGAUGAGAUGAGUGUGCGUGCUGGCCAGGGCAGUGAUGAGGUGCUGGUUUCUCAGGCGGUGUGGGAUUACCUGGCUGCAGCCGGGCGGCCCUGGCUCAUUGACUUCCAGCACAAGCAGGGGAUGAGCGCCGGGAUCAUUAGGCGAGGGGAGAGGGGGGGCUGCUGCGCCGUCAGGCUGCAGCCGGUGGACGGUGGCGGCGGCGGCGGCUCCAGGAACGGAGGAGGGGGGGCCGCCGGGCUGAUGGAUGAUGGACCCAUCUCCAGCGAGACGCGAAAGGCCUUCAUUGACUUAUGCCGCUGUGCCCGCAAAGAAAUGAGCAAACAGGACGGGGGAUCCAAGAGGAAGCGGGCCCUGCUGCCCUGCGUGGGGGUCCUGGAGCCCAACGGGGAGGGCAGCCUGCUGCAGCCGCCCCCUCCCCAGCCCCGGCGCUCCCAGAGGCAGCAGCAGAGGUUCAGGAAGCCUGCAGACGAGGAGGCGUGCGCCAUGCUCCACGAGGCGUCCCACAGGAAGGACGUGGACCCCGGCUUGGCUUCACACAGCGACGUGGAGGACAACAGCACUUGUUCCAUCUGCAUGGGGGACGUGGUGGAGAAGACCACCCUGGAGAAGUGCGGCCACUCGUUCUGCCGCUCCUGCCUGGAUCAGGCCUUCAAGGUGAAGAAGGCGUGUCCUGUGUGUCGGCUGGUGUACGGACAGCUGAUCGGGAACCAGCCGGCCAACGGGACCAUGAUUGUAGAGCGAGAUCCUGAUCUGGAGCUUCCUGGACACGAAGGAUUCGGCUGCAUCUGCAUAAUCUACAGCUUCCCUCCUGGCCUCCAGGCGCCAGAACACCCUAACCCCGGUGUUCGGUACCCGGGAACAGACCGCGUGGCCUACCUCCCUGACAGCCCUGAGGGGAACCGUGUGCUGGGCCUGCUGCGCCGGGCCUUCGAACAGCGCCUUAUCUUCACCAUCGGUACCUCCAUGACUACAGGCAUGCAAAAUGUCAUCACCUGGAAUGACAUUCACCACAAGACCUCAAUAUGGGGCGGGCCACGCUGUUUUGGCUACCCAGACCCCACUUACCUGGUGCGAGUGACGGAGGAGCUCAGAGAGAAAGGCAUCACGGCGGACUGACUGACGGCAUGAAAAUGAUUCUUCCAAGACUUUGCAGGACUUUCCGAGUGUCCCUGCGGUGGACUUGACUCGGCUCCAGGUUGUCCUCCGAGACCGCCCGUCCCCCCGAGAGGACGGCUGAAGACGAGGCCCUCAGCAGACAGGCGUCUAAUGCUGCAGCAGAGUCCACUUCGCUCCACUACUUGUUCUUCUGUUUGUUCCUUUCUCCUUCAGAUUUAACACACUUCUACAUGUGAAAGAAAAUACUCUGAGUGCAGUGCAUUCUCGUAUUACACAAUCCUCUACCUGUCACUGCUGGCAACAGGGCUGAUGCACUUAUUUAACCCUUUGAUGCACAAUAUUGACCCCUCUAAUGCACAACAUGGGUCAAAAAUGACCUGCAUUCAUUCAUUCCCCAUGUUGUUUAAUGCUGCUGUGUGUUUCUGUGCUCUAUCUUUUGAUAUCAACUUAUUUUAUGAUUUGAAUAUUCCAAGUAUUCUUUAAAUAUCUUGUUUUUGAUAACAACUGAUCAUUAUUUACAUUUUGUCUCUCAUACUUUAUGAAGAAAAAACGUUUUUGUAUUAUUAUAUAGCUAAC